AUGGCCGAUACAGCAGAGACAGAGUGUAUCCAGAUCGUCACCUACAUCAAACGGAAGCCGACCCUGACGCCGGCGCAAUUCUACGACCGCUGGGAGAACGUGCAUGCACCGAAGGUCCACGUCAACGGCACGAUGGUCCCAAGCGCCGCCACCGACUCCGCGCCGAACGCUGUCAGCACAAGCGAACUCCCCACCGAACCGGUCAAAUUCGACGGCAUCGCCAUGUUCCUGGUCCCUUCGUUGCAGCAAUUCACUGAUGCGUUCAGAGACCCAUACUAUGUCAAUGUGAUCGAGCCGGAUGAGCGCGAGCUGAUUGAUAAGGACGGUCCUGGAAGCGGUGUAGUUGCGAGCUACCAGGGGAGGAUGCUCGAUAUGGUACAUCGAGGGCAGAGCACCAUCGGGAACAAAGGGAAGAAAUACCACGAAGUCUGGGAAGAGUGGGAGAACAAGGCCAAGGAUUGA